AAACAGGAACGAUACCAUUGGAAAUUUGACGCAAUUUCAAUAAAGGAAGUGGAAAAUUUCCCGCCGAAGAGAUCGGAAGUUUUGUUAACUGAAAAUGGGAAGCCAUGGCCAUGGAUUCGUCUGUCACGAACUGGCAAUCCAAACAAUUGAUUUCUGUUUACGGUACUCUCUUUGAUUUUGGAGGUUUCCGAACAAUGUCCAAGAAGAAGAAUGAAGUCAUACGCUUGGAGAGGGAGUCGGUUAUUCCCAUCCUCAAGCCCAGGCUUAUCAGCACCUUGUCCGCCCAUCUCGCAGAGGACGAUUCGGACCGGAAUGAGUUUAUAAAGCUUUGCCAGAGAGUUGAAUACUCGAUUCGAGCUUGGUAUCUUCUGCAUUUUGAUGAUCUUUUGCAUUUAUAUGCGUUAUUCGAUCCUAUACACGGGGCUCUGAAAUUGGAGCAGCAAAAUCUCUCUACCGAGGAAACUGAUGUUUUGGAACAAAAAUUUCUGGGACACCUGUUUCAGGUGAUGAAGAAGAGCAAUUUUAGAAUUACGACAGAUGAUGAAAUCGCGGUUGCACUUUCUGCACAAUAUCGUUUAAAUCUUCCUAUCUCUGUGGACGAAUCCAAGCUUGACAAGAAGCUUUUGACGAAAUACUUCACGGAGAAUCCUCACGACAAUCUUCCAUAUUUUGCUGAUAAGUACAUCAUUUUCCGCCGUGGUAUUGGGAUUGACCAAAUGACCGACCACUUCUACGACACAAAAGUAAAUACCAUAAUUAUGCGAAUAUGGACGUUCUUUCUCAAAAUCUCAGGGUUAAAUAGACUUAUUCAAUGUGGAGCGUCAAGAAGUCACCGAAGUCAGGUCUUUGCAAAACAAAUUGACAUCAGUACAGAUUCAGAGGAUGAUGGCUUGUAUGUUGAGCGUAUCCGCGUUGAGAACAUGAAACUUGGGAUCUCUAUGCUAUUGAGCGAGAUUACGAUCCAAGAACCCACGUUUGAUAGAAUUAUCGUUGUUUACAGGCCGGCAAAUAUGAAUAGUGAAAUGGAACGGGGUAUCUUCGUGAAGCAUUUCAAGAAUAUACCAAUGGCAGAUCUUGAGAUUGUGCUCCCUGAAAAGAAAAAUCCAAGUUUAACUCCAAUGGACUGGGUGAAAUUCCUCGUGUCUGCUGCAAUUGGGCUGGUUACUGUUAUUGGCUCGCUUAGUGUCCCUACAGCAGAUAUCAGAGUCAUUUUUGCUAUCGUCUCUGCAGUCAGUGUUUACUCUGUGAAAACAUAUCUCUCGUUUCAGAGUAAUUUAGUGUCAUAUCAGAACCUAAUCACAAGGUGCGUGUAUGACAAACAACUAGACAGUGGAAGGGGCACUCUUCUUCACUUGUGUGACGAAGUUAUUCAGCAAGAAGUAAAGGAGGUGAUUAUUUCCUUCUAUAUAUUGAUGAAACAGGGAAAGGCUACAAUACAGGAGCUCGACAAGCGGUGCGAGGAGCUGAUUCAAGGACAGUUUGGGCAGAGCUGUAAUUUUGACGUGGAUGAUGCAGUUCACAAGUUAGAGAAGUUAGGGAUCGUUGUCCGGGAUGCAGAUGGAGCAUAUUCCUGUGUAGAUUUGAGGAGUGCCAAUAAGAUCAUAGGCACCACCACAGAGGAGAUUAUUUCCAAGGCUAAAGAGGCUGAUGCCUCCGCUACUUGAUAUCAUUAUUGUACACAAAAUGUACGUGUUAUCUGCUCUCCAUUCUCGACAAGGAAAGCAAUGUUUUAAGAUUACUUCAAAACUUACAAUAUUAAAGCAGCUUUUGUAUUUAAAAGUUCUGCCUUUUCAUCCCA